AUGGCUUUAGGAAAGGGUCUCAGGACCGUAGUGCGGCCCUGGAGUAACCGCGAUGGCCUCCCCAGAAGAGAACCCGAGGAGAGCCUGAGAACACCAGAAUCACCAACGCGAGGACUGGUGGGGAGCCUGACGAAUCUGAUUCCGAGGAUGUUCCGCAAAGAGUUGACAGAUUUCCGGGAUUGGCUGUGCGUGCCGCGGCCCUUCACCCCGCCCCGCCUAGAGUCUUCCCGGGAUUGGCUGAGCUCCGCGACCUCUCCAGGGAUGGGCUGCGUGCCCCGCCCUCGCCCAGAUCUUCCCGGGAUUGGCUGCGCGCCCCGCAGCCCUCCCCUUUCCGCCCCGCCCCGCGCCGCCUCUCCGGUUUGUGCGCCUGGUGCAGGUCUCCGGCCUCUUUGUCCGCUGGAGUUGUGCGGGCGGACGCGCCACUACUUUGUAGCAGAUCUCAGGUGGGCCACAUGUGCGGCGGCAGGAACCCAAGCCCGGCCGACCUUGAGCUCCAGGAGUUCGUCUCUCCUACGUCUGCGGAAGUGCGGCGGCCUCAUAAAUAGCAAAGGUUGACAACUACAGGUACAAGCCAUUGAAGCUGGGAUGUCCUGAUGCUGGUAUUUCAAUUGAUUUAGACCAACUAUCCCUUCAGUUACAAUAAGAAAAUGCCUCUAAUAGGAGUACUAAGUUGUAGCAACCACGUGUCCAUGCAGUGCCACAGGAGCUAGAGCAGGGACAAGGCUGGUGGCAACAGGGUGUUUCAUGCUCAUCUUUUAAUUUAAUUCUCAUAAUUCGGAGGUUGAUUUUGUUCUCCGAUUUCACAUGUAAAGAAAUGGAUUGGGAUAAAUCAAGUUUCAUAGAAUGUGAGUAUCUCCGAAUGAGAGGCGUCACGUGACUUCUGGAAAGUCACUUGUCUCUUGAGAUUUGGUGUCUUGGUGUAACAGUUAAAAGAAUUUAAGCAAACUAGGAAAGGACCACGGUAGAGCAGUUAAGAAUAUAAGCUCUUUGUAUUCAUUGCAUUGAACCUAAGAAGGUUCACAAAAUUGGGCACAAAAGAGAGUAUGUGUCAGCAUAUUAUGUUUGUGUGUGUGUGUGUGUGUGUGUGUGUGUAGCAUAAGGAAGUGUAAGGGGAUUUAAAAGGACACAGUGGUGCUACAUUCUUAGAAUAUGAAAGUUUUGGAGGUGAUGAAAAGUUUUCAUGUGGGAGGAAACAGUCAAGCAAGUUCACUCCUAUUAACCAGUCUGCUGCCUGUCUAGCAAUUGAGGUCUCAUUACUCUGUCAGUUAGAAGUGACUCAUUCUCCAGAACUUCUAAAUGAAAGUAUUUAAUAUUUA